AUGCGUUUAUGGCUUUAUGCUGCAUAAGGCGAGAAAGAAACGAAUGACGAUUUGUUUAAUAAAAAAAACGUGUCAUCGCGGUGUUUUGUAGAUAACACGAUUUCCUACUGCGUGGCGGCGCAAUCAAGAAACUCGGCGGAAGCAGAGCGGUGUCCGGUCAGCUCCGUCGCGUCGCCUUCCUCUCUCUCGGUGUUAUUCUGCACAAAAUCAUUGCAUCUUCUUUCUUUCUGUAUUUUAAUCAAUCAUACUCCGUAAUCUUCGCCUUCGACUCUUAUAUUUUACUCUUAUGAAUGCUUCAUCCAACCCUUUCAGCUUUGACUAUUAUCGCCUACCUUUGUUUAGAUGCAUUCUUAAGUUCUCUCGACUCGCCAUUUCCGAUCCUCGUGUUGUUUUCAUUGUUAAUUACUAAUGGCGAUGGCUGCCUUCAAAUCCUCAUCUAGAAGAGGAGGUUCGACUUCGGUGACACCUUCUUCGAGCAGUGGCGCGUCAACAUCGGGUAAAGAUAGCAAGCCGAGUGGUAAUUCUCCCAAGAAAGCUACUAUCCGUAGAUCACGAAGCGUGAGUGCCUUUUCCAGAUCUAGCGCUGCGGAUGUUUCGGCAGAUUUUUCGAAUAGUAGAGAUAAUCCGCUCUUCUGGAGCAAUGGUUCGCCUCCUUUGGAAGAAGCUCGAACUGUUAACCUUGAAUCUGAUGGAAGUUCCACCAGAAUUAGUGCAGGAAGUUCGAAACGUGUCAGUUCUGGUGGUGUUGAGAAUUCUAGGGGACGAUCAGUGUCGAGGAGCUCCGAUUCUGGAAGUGUAGGUUCAGGAAGCAGGAAAACCGGUGGCCGAAGCUUGUCGAGGGUAGGCACUGAACGGCGGGAACGCUCGGCGUCUGUGACUCGAUAUCCUGUCUCAUCGCUGUCCUUGAACUCUGAGAGUGAGGCUGAGCGAGAUAGUCGUUAUAGUACGAAAUUCAAUAAUAGAAAGACUCCAGAUUCGUUGCUUCAUGGGCGGAGAGAGGUUGGCUUAGUUAGAACUAGAAGUAGUUCUUCGGAUGCUUUGCAGCAAUCAAAAGGCCUGCGAGAUCGGUCGAGUCAUCGUUUGCCCUUUGAUUUAUCAGAUAACUGCGAUGUGUCGGUGUCUUGUAGUUUUGAAGAUAGGCUGUCCACAGCGAGCUCUUUGUCUGAAGCUGAAGAGAGGACCGUAAGAGCUGUUUGUGAACAAAUGAAGUCAAUAAAAGGGGAUUGUUUGCAAGGACAUUCCAGUGGUAGUGACAUAUAUGACAUAAUUCAAUAUGAAGUAAGACGUGCUGUCCAAGAUAUCCACAAUGACCUUCUCAGUGCUCCACAAAGCAGUGCUGAUACUACAGGAAGUUCUGACAUUGAUAUCCCUCCUGAAUUGGUGAAUCCAGGUGCAAUUGAAUUGGUGGACUUGAGAAGCGAGUAUACGAAGAAGCUUGAGCAGUCGCAAGAGCGAGCUAGAAAACUUCGGGCAGACUUGGCAGUGGAAGAGCAUCGUGAAUUAGAGCUCAGUAGAAUUUUGCGGGAAGUAAUACCAGCUCCUAAGACUUCUAUGAGACGAAAAGCUAGUAUUGAAAGAAGAAGGAUGUCAAAGCGUUUAACUGACGAUGCCUUGGCAUAUUUUGAUGAGUGUGUUUCGUUAUCAACAUUUGAUGGUUCUGAUUUCUCAUCACUGGAAGAAACACCCCCUAUCCACCAAGUUUCUUCCACUACCCAGGUGGAAGAUGGUACCAUCCCCCAGGAACCAGCAAUUGGAACUUCAUCUGAGAUUGACCAAUAUAAUUUAGGGCAGACAUCUUACAGAAGCAAUAACCUGAGCAAACAUGGGAAAGGCAAAGCUCAGUUUUCCUUCACAAAGAAACCUCAUGAAAGCUAUGGGAUCAAACAGGACAUUGGGAAGUACAUUCAGAAAGACGACAACGAAUCACAAGUCGUAAGCAUGAAGCAUUGUGAUAUGAUGAAUGAUACGAAUUUACAGAAGGCAAAAGAAAGCCUGUUGUUGGAUCGAGUUGUUUUCAGAAGCAGAAUAGAAUCGGGCAGUUUACUACUAUGCGGCGUAAGUUCUUUAAAUUGUUCCUCAUAUUAUGCUUCUAUCAUCUGAUCUGAUGGUGUCAAGGACAGGUUUGAUUGUGAUAAAAGCAUUGUUUUUUUGGUUUUUGUUUUUUUUUUAAAAAAAAGUUGGAAUUUUACGAUAUUUGUAUUUGUAAAUAAAGAAUUUGUGAUAAUUUUAUUAUGUUUGGUUGAGCUGUUGGCAUUU